AGAAUCAUCAAGCUACGAACGGAGCUCCCUGAAGCUUCGAUUACACUUGUGGAUGUCUAUUCGCUAAGAUUUCAAUGAUUGCCAAUGCUAAGAAUCUAGGAAUGGCAGAUCCAUUAAAGCCCUGCUGCGGAUAUCAUGUGAACUAUGAUCAUGUAUGGUGCGGGAACAAAGCAAUCGUCAACAAAACCGAAGUAUUCGGAGCUUCAUGCAAAAACCCUUCUGCCUUUGUAAGCUGGGAUGGAGUUCACUACUCUCAGGUUGCAAAUCAAUACGUUGCAGAUCGUACACUCAACGGAUCGUUAUCAGACCCGGCAAUUCCAAUCACUCAAGCAUGUCAGAAGCAGUAAGACCUUUGAUUACUGAAAAAUCAUUGUUGAUUAGCGUUGGUUGAAAAAAACAAUUGGAGCACCAUUUUCAUGUAUUGAAGGUUUGUUACGUUCAAAAUGCUCUCAAAUAUCAUACAAUAAGACCUUGAGAAGUAUUAAAAAUAUUGAGGGCCAAUAGAAA